CACGACUGACGUCGCUGGUGUGCUCGGUGAAGCGAGGGGCACGGGCCGUUUUAUACCUGGCGCUAACGGCGGUCUCAAUCGGCUUAGCACGGAAUUCGCCCCUCUGGCCUUCGGAGUGGCGACUGCAUAGGACGCAAAGCUGCCGCUGCGCCAGUGAGCUGGGCCGAAACAGGUAGGCUUUGCUGGCAUAGCGGAGAGCCGUCGCAGUGCUGCCGCUGCUGAAGACCUCGCACACGAAGCUCGAGCAUCGUGAGGCGCGCCUAAAUUUAGUCCCGGGGGCUGCCAUUCGGUUCGCACUUCGCCGACAUUCGUCUUGUGGCAGCGAGGAACUGGCGUCAUGCAGGGUCGCAGAUCAUCCCGCGCACUGCGCGUCGUGCGACUGCAAGAAUGUCCGUCCGAGGACGUUGUUCCUGUGAAAGACGGUAGGGGACAAUCGCGGGUGUUGCGCGUCAUCCCUCCGAGCUCAAGGCCUUCGUCUCGGCAACUUAUACGCGUCAUCGAAGAUUCGCCGUCUGAGUCAUCCGGGCACGCCGUGCGCAUCGUGCAGAAGAGGGCUUCGAAGCCCGCCUCGCAGGUGCUUGCCUGUGCUUCCGGCGGGAACGCGGAGCGGUCGUCGUCCUCCGAGACAGAGCGGCCGACCGUCCAUAUCUACCGACGGCAGUCCGAGCCUGCACCCCAUGUUAGUGUGAUCACCGAGGGAGAAGUUUCCACAAGUGAGGAAGAAAAACGCGUGUACCUGGUCAAGAGAGCCGAGUCCGACACCGAUACGCAGAUAAGAAUCACCGGAGAAGAGAAGCAGUUGGCUACUCAGGCCGUCAUCGUGCACCGAGAUUCACCGCCACCAGUGAAGCUGAAGGUAUUCAAGGACGCCGGGUCUCCACAACAGACUUUCCACGUGCACCAAAAAGAACCCCCGCCUCCGCCCAGACUGAGAAUCAUCAAGGAGCCUCCCGAUCCCCCCAAGACUUUCCAUGUUCAUCAGAAAGAACCUCCAGAGCCAGCUCAGCUGCACCUUAUCCGGGAGCCCGCAGAACCUCCGCAAACCUUCCACGUUCACCAAAAGGAGCCUUCGGCGCCUCCGCAGCUGCACGUUAUAAAAGAACCACCGGGACCGCCUCAGACGUUCCAUAUCCACCAAAAGGAACCGGCCGACCCUCCGCAGCUCCACCUGAUUCGUGAACCUGCGGGGCCAGCACAGACGUUUCAUAUCCACCAGAAGGAUCCUGCGCCCCCGCCACAAAUCCACGUCAUCAAACAGCCGUGUGCUCCGCCGAUGCCCGUGCACAUAAUACAGAGGGAGCCAGCGCCACCCCCCGAGAUCCACAUCAUCAAGCAACCUGCACCACCGCCCCAGACGUUCCACGUAAUUCAGAAGGAGCCAGCCCCUCCUCCGCAACUGCACAUCGUCAAGCAGGCCGCGCCGGUGCCGCCCCCUGUACACGUCGUGCAAAAGGAACCCGCUCCACCGCCGCAGUUGCACCUCGUCAAGGAACCACCUCCGCCAGCGCAAACAUUCCACGUGCGUCAGAAAGAACCAGCUCCGCCCGCUCAGCUGCACGUCAUCAAGGAGCCCGCAGGGCCUCCUCAGACCUUCCACGUGCACCAAAAAGAGCCUGCGCCUCCUCCUGAACUGCACCUCAUCAAGGAGCCCGCAGGGCCUCCUCAGACCUUCCACGUGCACCAAAAAGAGCCCGCGCCUCCUCCUGAACUGCACCUCAUCAAGGAACCCGCUGGACCCCCUCAGACGUUUCACGUACGCCAACAAGAACCGACGCCGCCUCCCGAACUGCAUGUCAUCAAAGAACCUGCGCCUCCGCCGCAAACAGUCCACGUGCAUCAGCAAGAGCCCGCACCUCCUCCCACUGUUCAGGUUAUCAAGGAACCAGCCCCGCCACCUCAGACCAUCCACGUGCACGAGAAGGAACCAGCACCACCUCCUGAGGUGCACGUCAUCAAGGAACCAAAUUCAGUCCAACAGACAAUUCACGUGCACGAGCAAGAAGCUCCGCCAACCGAAGUGCACGUCAUCAAGGAAGCGGCUCCAGCAACUCAAACAAUUCUCGUGCACCAGAUGGAGUCGGCAGCUGCACCUCAAUUGCGCUCUGUCAAGUCGCUGCGAUUGCCCAUCGAAACUGUCAGCGGGCACCAGGAGGACGGGCGAGACUCCCCGCUGACCAUUCAGCAGGAAAGGCGCAGCUGCGUACGCACCAUUGAGUUGCGCCAGCCGGAGGAACGGCAGUCCCCGGCCCAUUUGCGCGUCCUCCGAAGCACGCCGCAGUCGCCGACACAGUUGGUGCGCCUUCGUCGCGUCCAGUCGUCGUCGUCAUCGAGCUCCCUCUGCGAGGUAGACGCCAGAGGAGCGGCCACCAGAAUUUUCCGAUACCCACGGCGACCCAGCAUGCGAGCCGCCGAGGUACGGCUCGUCAGGGCGGACGACAACGACGCGGUGGUGUACCUGCGAAAUGGCGCCGAGCAGCAGUCGUCGGCCAGAGAUGUGCGCGUGCUGACCGGCGGUGGCGACGACGAAGACGAGGAUGAGGCACAGGUGCACACCAUACGGCUCAUCAGGGAGCCAGCGCGCCCUUCCAGCCGCACCAUACGGGUCAUCGACGCCCGCCCGCAGAGUCCCACUGGGAUGUCUCGCACAGGGCGGUCCCGGUCCAUGCCACGCGUUAGGAGGCGUUAGAGAGCGCGGAGGAGUAAAAAAUUAUUCCACCUGUG